CCAAGAUGGCCAGCAAUGAGGGAAGCCAGAAUGCACCGGGUACGGUGCCUGGAAAACAGUAGGCGCCUAAAAAAUGCUUGCUAUCAGGGGAGUAGGGCCUUAUGGCACAGGGGUGGGGGGUGCGCCAAAGUCACGCCAAGGGACGCAACGAGAAGGUCAGAAGACGUCACUCGAUGCUCCGGCGCCUUUCUUUUCUAGGCCUUCUGCGCAUUCUCCCGACCUAGCAGCGGCCGCCUAUCCUGAAGCCCAGGGCUACGCAACGUACUCGAGGGGGCGGGGAGUGCGUCACCGGAAGUGACGCGCCCCAACCCGGAAGCGAGCCAUUGCCUCGCGGCUACCCCCGGAAAUCAGAAUCGGUUCUUUGCUGGCGCUGGUGGGUCAACUCGAUUGACAGGCGAGGGUCCCGGGCUGGGGGGCGCCGACAUGGCGGUGGACCCUCGGGAGGCUCAGGCAAAGGUCCUGCAAUACGAAGCCUUUAUCAGCGAUGUCUUGCAGCGAGACCUGAGGCAGGUGCUGGCGCAGCGAGACGAGGUGUACGGACAACUGGCUGGCUACCUGCAACUGAAGAACGUCCUCGAGCGGCUGCAGGAAUCGGGGGAUGAGAAGCUGCGCACACAGGUGGAUUUGGGGUGCAACUUCUACGUGAAUGCAGAAGUGCCAGACCCUUCCCGGAUAUUUGUGGCACUUGGCUAUGGCUUCUUUCUGGAACUGACCUUGAUGGAAGCCUUGAAUUUCAUAGACCGGAAAAGCCGCCUGCUCACCUCGAUCAGUGACAGCCUUACCCAAGAUUCUGUUCGAAUCAAGGCCCACAUCCGACUAGUGCUGGAGGGCCUUCGGGAGUUGCAAGGGCUACAAGAGCUGCCCGACGAUGUGGGACAUUGAUUAGGAUGCUGAGAAUUUCCUUUCCUGACUAGACUGCUACAGGGGCUCCGACUGUGUUACUUGAAAUCAGAAAUCCCUUCAAUAAAAGCUGGGAAUAAA